CUUUAUUGAAACAAAAAAGGAACACGCAAGGCCAAUUUAGUAAUUGAACACGUUCUGCAACAAACCGGGCAUUCCUGGUCUUUUUGCGUCAGAAUUCUUUCGCCAUUAUAGACAAACAACGCCCAUUCGUCUCCCUCUUAACUCCUCUUUCGUUCCCAUUCCACUGCGCUUCCUUCAUUCAAACACUUCUCUCUCUCGCUAUCUCUCUGUUGAAAUCUAUAAACAUCCAUUCCUGAAAACCUCCAUUAGAGCUCCCUAGCAAUGGCUCCAAAAUUUUUGUUUCUGAUCAGUUUCCAGCUCUUCCUCUUCCUUGUCAUUUCGCAGGAGCAACCGCUUCUCGAUAUGGCAGAGCAAGACUCGGUUUACCGGGUCCUUGAGUCAGUCAACCCAACAAUCCCGUGGCGUUCAAUCUUCCCCGACGACUUCUGCUACUCAGCUCCGCACGGCGUCGUUUGCGACGUCUUUUCUGAACCCAACGGAUCUAUUUCUGCUGUCCAUAUCACGGAGCUAAGCUUCGGGUAUGUCUCUGAUUUUAACCCGAAUCCUCCUUGUUAUCCGAACUCUACCUUUGACCCUCUCCUCUUCACCUCUUUCAAAUACCUUCGCAAGCUUUUCUUCUACAAAUGCUUCACCGACUUGCCGGUUUCGGUUUCCACUGUUUGGCCGAGUUUCGCUUCGAGUCUUGAGGAGUUGAUUUUCAUUGACAACCCGGCUCUCGUCGGCUCUCUAAAUGGCCUUACCGGUAAUUUCACGAGCCUGAAGAGGGCGGUCAUCACUGGCAACGGGUUAUCCGGCAACAUUCCGGGUUGGGUCGUGGAUUCGGUUAAUCUCGAGGAGCUCACACUUUCUAGAAAUCAGUUAGACGGUGCCGUUUCGACGAGUUUUUCAAAAUUGAAGCUGCUACGGAUUCUUGAUUUGAGUCAAAAUCAGUUUGACGGAAAUGUCCCUGAUUCAAUAGCCAAUCUCACACAACUGUUGAAGCUGGAUUUGAGCGCAAAUGCAUUUUCCGGCAAAAUCCCUAAUAUCUUGGUUAAUCUGCAGAACAUGGAGUUUCUGGAUUUAAGCCAUAACCAAUUUGGCAAUUUUGGAGUUCCAGUGUUCUUAUCCAAGAUGCCCAGAUUAAGAGAGCUGCAUCUGAAUGGGAAUUCCCUAGGAGGGCACAUCCCAGAAAUAUGGAAAAACCUUGGAGGUAUAAAGGGGAUAGGAUUUUCAAACAUGGGACUGGUUGGGAAUAUUCCGGCUUCCAUGGGGGUUUAUUUGAGAAACCUCAGUUAUCUGGGUCUGGACAACAACCAGCUUGAAGGGACAGUACCAGGGGAGCUGGGGUUCUUGGAAUUUGCAGGUGAAAUCAACUUGGAGAACAACAAUCUGAGUGGGAGGGUCCCAUUCACUGCCAUGGUUGGUGAGAUUUUGAAGUUGCAGGGUAACCCAGGAUUGUGUGUUGAUGAUGUGGAUUUGGUUAAAAAUGGCAGCAGAUUUGGACACUACCUGAAACUCUGUAAUAAAACAAAACUUCCCAAUCUUGUAAAUCCUGUCCUUAUGGGUGUAGCCUCAUCUUCCUCAUUGGGGUUGUCAUUACCUUCUGUGGUCGUCAAGUUGAUUUGGGUUUUGGUUUUCUUUGUGUGAAGAGAAGACAUGGAUCAUGAAAAAGGUCUUAGAAAUUAAUAGGAAUUUGUCCAACAGAUAUAACCUUAUUAAUGCUAGGAUUUAGGUUUCAUAGAAAUUUUGGUUGUUAUGUGUCUUUGUUUCUGGUAGGGGCAGAUAUGUAAUUAUAUUUUGUCAAUGAGAUUUGCACAUAGAGUGGUU